AUGUAAAAAUCCUGGGAAACCUUAUGUAAAAAUCUUAGAAGUCCAUUUCUUUAACAUUUCUUAGAUAUUUAAACACUUAUUGAUGAUCUUGGUCAAUAAAUAGAUUAACCUUAAAUAUCUCAUGAAAUUGCAAUUCAAAUUUAAGAAAUGAUAUCUCAAAUAGUUUAGAUGUAUGUUUAAAUAAUAAGUUUAGUAUAGAUAUUGAACAUUAGCAUUUACUUGAUGGAUUUGAAUAGAGUGUUUUAUUAUUUGCAUAAAUUGAUUCAGAAGAUAAAGUAAAGUAGUUUGAAACAUUAAAUCUCAUAUAAGAGUUAUUUAAUAAAUUAGCAUUAUCAUAUUUCUAUAAUGAUGAUCUUUUAGAUGAAAAGAAGAUUUAAAUGCCUAUAAAUGAUGGUACAUCCACUUGUUCUGAUUUUUCAGAUGAUAAUUUUGAAGUUGAAGACUAUGAAUGUUAAGUUGCUUAAGAGCUCUUUUAAUAAAUAAAAAGUCAAUUAUAAGAUACUGAAAUUGAAUAGAAAUGUUAUUAAUUCCAUUUUACAAUAUUUUAAGAGUAAUUAAACAUUAUUGAUUUUUUUAACGAUUCACUUGAAUUAUAAAUUAAAGAAUAUGAUGUGAUUGUAUUUUUAAAUUAUUCAGGACUACUUUAAAAAUUAAUGAAUUAUAAAUUAGAUAAUUAAUUGGAAUACUUUGUAGGCUAAUUAUUUAUAAUACUAAACAGAAUUAAAAAUGAUGAAAUAGAUUAAUUGAUUGAAGCAAAUUGUUUUGAACUUAAAUAUAGUAGAUUAUCAUAAAGGAAAUUUAUGAGAUGUAAGAUUUUAUCCAAUUUAUAUACUAAACUUGUAUAUGAGAAAUUAGAUAGAUGGAGAACAAAUUAAAAUGUUUAAGAAAUUCAAGGUGAAAAUUUAAAAUCUUUGAGACGUUUUAUUAUUUAACAUAAAGCUCCAUUAAGUAGAUGGGAAGUGAGUAUUUUAUCUAUUUAAGAUGUUUAGAUCAAUAAUGAAAAUAUUUUAGAUAAAUUUUAAAAAUUAGUUAUUGCUUUAUCAUUACCUUAUGAUUUACUUUUAGAGAAUUUUACUAUAUUAGAUAAAUUGUAUGUUAAUUUAUAAUAAUUCUAAAAAUGGUUUAAAUUAAGUUCAAUUCCAUUUACAGUUUCUGAAAUCUCUUAAUUAUUUAAAGAAGUCAGUUAAACUUAUGGAUAUUAUACUAAUUAAGGUAUAAAAGUGACAUAAAGAAUUGAUUUCUAUUAAUUUUUAGAAACUGUUUAUGCUCUUAAUCAAAAUUAAAACAGUAUCAAAGAGAAACCAGAAGGUAAAAUUGUUAAAUAUAAUGAUGAAAUUACUCUUCAAUAAUAUAAUCGACAUUUAUAACUCAAAGUAAAUGAUUUGUAAUAAUAACUGAAUUAAAAAGAUAUUCUUAUUGAUUAAUUAAAAAAGAAUUAAUAAGAUUCUUAAUAAACAUCAAGAAUCAAAACUAAAUCUAAUAAUGAAAUUAAAGAUAAGGAAUCUGAACUUAAAAUAGAAUUAUUACAUUAAGCAGAAAUAAACUCUAUUAAAAAUGAAACUUAAAAUUAAUUGAAAAUAAUUGAACUUAAAUGGAAAAAUAAAACUAAAGAUUUGUUAUUUGAAUUAGAAAAUAAGGAUAAAUAAAUUGAUUAAUAUAGAUAAUAAUUAGAAGCCUUAAUGAAAGAAUUUGAAUGGGUAAAAACAGAAAGAAGAAUUAAAUGA